UCCUCCCGCGGCAGGGUUCGCGCUGCGGUCGCCGGCUGCUGACGUGGGCCGGCCGGCGUGGGGCCGCGGGUGCCGGUCACCAUGGCGGUGGACAUCACCCUGCUUUUCCGGGCGAGUGUCAAGACCGUGAAGACGCGGAACAAGGCGCUGGGAGUGGCGGUGGGCGGCGGGGCGGAGGGCAGCCGCGACGAGCUGUUCCGUCGGAGCCCGCGGCCCAAGGGCGACUUCUCCAGCCGCGCCCGCGAAGUGAUUUCUCACAUUGGCAAACUGAGAGAUUUUCUUCUGGAACACAGGAAAGAUUACAUUAAUGCUUACAGUCAUAUCAUGUCUGAAUAUGGGAGGAUGACAGAUGCGGAACGAGACCAGAUAGACCAGGACGCCCAGAUAUUCAUGAGGACCUGUUCAGAAGCAAUUCAGCAACUCAGGACAGAAGCCCUCAAGGAGAUACAUUCCCAGCAAGUGAAGGAGCACAGGACUGCUGUUCUGGAUUUCAUUCAAGAUUACUUAAAAAGAGUGUGUAAACUUUACUCAGAACAAAGAGCCAUCCGAGUUAAACGAGUGGUGGAUAAGAAGAGAUUAUCUAAACUGGAACCAGAACCAAAUACCAAGACAAGAGAAUCAACAUCUCCUGAGAAAGUUUCACAGAAUCCUUCAAAAGACUCUGAAGAGAAACUUGCCCCUGAAGAGUAUCCAGAAAAGAUUCUGACUGAAGCAGAACCUCAGCUGGGAACCUGGGGAGAUGGCAAAGGUGAAGAUGAAUUAUCCCCAGAAGAAAUACAAAUGUUUGAACAAGAAAAUCAGAGGCUCAUUGGGGAAAUGAACAACUUGUUUGACGAAGUAAGGCAAAUCGAAGGGAGAGUGGUUGAAAUCUCCAGACUGCAAGAGAUAUUUACGGAAAAGGUUUUGCAACAGGAAGCCGAGAUUGACAGCAUCCACCAGUUAGUUGUAGGAGCAACGGAAAACAUCAAGGAGGGCAAUGAGGACAUACGAGAGGCCAUUAAGAACAACGCUGGUUUCCGCGUGUGGAUCCUCUUCUUCCUGGUGAUGUGCUCCUUCUCCCUGCUCUUCCUGGACUGGUACGACAGCUAGCCCCUGCGGGGUCUGCAGCCUUGGCCGAGUUGCACAAGCGCGCGCUCUGAGGUGUCUGGCGCCAGAAUGCAGCUGGGACCAGGUUUUGUCACAAAACUAUUUGAAGGACAAAGGGGUUGAGACAGACAUGUACGUCACAAAAGGGGUACCAAGCCAGUGGCGUCAUGCCUGUUCAGCAACUGGAAGCAGUGCACACUUGGGGGUGGUGUGCUCCCGGCCCUAAGGCGGGAGUCAGCACGGGGACACCAGCUUGAGCUGCCUGGUGAGCAGCUCGGACACGAACAGCAGGCCGCACUCCCCGCACUGUCUCAGGGCUCGUCCCAGCAGCAGCAGACGUGGCUAAAGAUGACUUGACAAAUGAUUGGUUCUUCAAUUUCUUGUGGCUUCUGGUCGCCCGAGUCAACUGACAGUCCCAGUGUUGCAGAAGAGUCUCGCUGGCCUUGUCAAGCUGUAAACAGCUGCAGCCCCUUCCUGCGUUGCCAGUGGGAGACACUAGGCAGUUCAGUGGCCGCCCACCUGCUGGGAGGGGCAAACUUGGAGGCAGUCCAGGGGCUGCCUGGCAUGGCUCCAGCCGCCACCCCCCAACACUUUAAUGGCGGGGCAGGAGCUGAGGUAUGUGCGUCCUGGCUUCCUGCCUCAGGGUUCAAGGAAUAUGCGUUUAAAGAAAGAAGUGGGCCUUAGGAGAGCAGGGCCUGCUGCCCUCGUGCCUGCACACCUGCCUACAGAAGAGUCACCAAGAUCACCUGUGUGCAACUGAAAACAUGCUGCCUGUGGACGUGUCAUCCUGGCACCCUGUGGGGAUGAGCCAGCAAACACCGCUCUGACAAAACAUGUGCACAGUCGUUGGGUGACACAGGUACCCUUGAGUUCUUUAAUUGCAUUGAGUGAAAUGUAGGAAAUUAUUGUAGUCAAUUUACAAUCAGUAAAGUACACGUCUGCUAGAAUACACAUGGGUGUGCCUGUGUGCUGUGCUUACGUGGGCAUCGUGUGUCGGGGGGUGUAUACGCAGGGCAAGUGUUCAGUGCCUGCGUGCAUUCCACACAGCUCAGGCCACUGUGGUGCGUGCCCUCCAUGCUUUGGACAUCAGGGUCUUUGUUUCGGACACAUCUUGUCUUGGAAGCACAUCUCAGGAAGCAGCGGUGGAGCUGAUGGUCACCACCAUGCUUGUUUGCAACAGAUCCUGCACUAGUUGCCAUUUAUCUGAUGGGCUGAAAACCAGUGACACUUGGUACGCCCACCAGAAACAACAAAUAACAUGGAAGCAACAUCUGUGGAUAUCUUUUUUUCUAUUUAAUUGUCUUACACACAUAGUUUAUCUAACUGGCAAUUUUGUAAACAUAUAAUGUCAAGAUUCAAAUUGAAACAAUUUUCUUACAAAGAUUGUGGAUUGAAAUGUCAGGUUUGCAGGGUGCCACACCAGCCUCCCCCCCAGCUGUUUGCUACAUCAAGGAAUUAUAUCCGUCCAAGAAUAAAGCUUAAAGUAGCCCUGG